AUGCAACACCCUGAAGGCCCUGGGCAGUUGCUCACCUCAGCCGAGACAGAGGAAAAAGAGAGUGGCUCUAAAACAGAGGAGAAGGUGAGUGGUGCUGAGACAGAGGAGAAGGAAAGUGGCCCUGAGACAAAAGAGAAGGAGAGUGGCCCUGAGACAAAAGAGGAGAGUGGUGCUGAGACAGAGGAGAAGGAGAGUGGUGCUGAGACAGAGGAGAAGGAGAGUGGUGCUGAGACAGAGGAGAAGGAGAGUGGUGCUGAGACAGAGGAGAAGGAGAGUGGUGCUGAGACUGAGAAGGAAAGUGGCGCAGAGACAGAGGAGAAGGAAAGUGGCCCUGAGACAAAAGAGAAGGAGUGUGGCACUGAGUCAGAGGAGAAGGAGAGUGGUGCUGAGACAGAGGAGAAGGAGAGUGGUACUGAGUCAGAGAAGGAGAGUGGUACUGAGACAGAGGAGAAGGAGAGUGGUGCAGAGACAAAAGAGAAGGAGAGUGGUACUGAGUCAGAGAAGGAGAGUGGUACUGAGACAGAGGAGAAGGAGAGUGGUGCAGAGACAAAAGAGAAGGAGAGUGGUACUGAGUCAGAUUAG